GGCAUUAAUAUUCAAUGUUAUAUAGUACUAUCUCUGUUCCUAAAUGAUCCAUAUUUUGGAAAAAAUAUUUGUUUCAAAAAGAUGUAUAUUUUAUGUUUUCUAUGAAAAAAUUAUAAAUUUUAAGAAAAUUAAUUAGUUUUAUUAGAUUACUAUUGGUUAAAAGCUGUUGAAAAUUAAAAAUUACAGAAAACGAUAAAUUUAUUAUAACGAUUUAAUGCGUUUUCUUAAUAUGUGUGAAAACUCUAAAAAGUUUAUCUUUUAGGAACGAAGGUAGUAGUUGACAAUAAUAAGAAGCACAUAAACUAAUAAAUUAUACAGUAUAUAAAGAGAUGGUCUCCCAAGUCUCAAUUACUACUUAACUUUUUUUUUUUUGGGUGCAACAACAAUUAAAAAAGCGAGUGCGAGAGAGAGAAGAGGCCAUUACACAACACAACACCACAAAGCCUUCUCCUUUUUUAUCUUUAGUUUCCAAGUCCGUGUAAUAAAAAUAAAAAAAAGGGUUACUCUCUUUUAUAUUUAAGUUCUUCUUUGGUGCAAACAAAAAGUUAAGAAUCUUUUUUCCGUAUACAACGAUGAGGAUCCGGAAACGACAAGUGCCUCUCCCUCUUUCGUCUCUCUUACCUGUUCCUCUCUCAGAUCUCUACUCUAACCGGUCUCCGACGUCCGCCGCUCGAUACUUCCACGGCCAAGACAUAGACGGAGGCAGUUCUGCUUCUCUUCUUCAUCUUCCGCUGAUUCAAAGAGAUGUGACGAGCAAGAAGGAGGAGAAAGCUUUGGAUGAUGAUAAUGGAGAUGGAGAUGAUGUAGACGUGAAGAGCUGUACAGUUGCAUCGGGCAGCAAUAACGUUAAUUCUCAAGGAGAAUCCGACUCUUCAACACAAGCUGUCGAGAAGAAUCAAAACGUUGUUACUUUGAGGAAGAGAAGAAGCUAUACAAGCUUCGAGGAACAAGAAGAGGAAGAGGAUGAGGAAGAAGAAGAAGAAGCUAAUAAAGGGAAGAAGAAAAGGAAAGGGAAGAAAAAGAGCAGUGAUGUGUUAGAGGAAGGAUCAAGGUGCAGCCGAGUUAACGGUAGAGGAUGGAGAUGUUGUCAGCAAACUCUUUACGGCUAUUCUCUUUGUGAGCAUCAUCUUGGCAAAGGAAGGGUAAGGAGCACGAACAAGAGUUCCGGUGGUCGCGGCGGCGGCCAGAAAAAGUCGGUGGUGGCCGUGGAAGUGAAGAAGAAGAAGAAGAGAGUGAAGCUUGGGAUGGUAAAGGCGCGUUCCAUAAAUAGUUUGCUCGGACAAACCAGCACAAGUAGUGGAGUGAGUGAGAUAAGUGCACCUGCUGAUCAGUUUGCCGCUAAUGAUAAGUAAGUCAUAUGUAUAUGUUUAAGUACAUAUGAUGAUAAUGGACAUAGCUCUAUGUAUCGGGUGUGUGAGCAUUUUAUGUGUAGAUUGAUCGAGACCUUAAUGGCGUUUUGCUUUUGAUCAUCUUAUGUAUAUAUAUUUGGUGGAUAUUUCAAUUUCAACGAUACAUUGGUUGCUCAGGGUCA